AUGCCCUCCAAAGUACCAUCGGAUCUGAUCAAUCAAUCUCAGAUCGGAUUCCGAGAAGUCGCCGGACUAUCAUCCUUUAACCCUCAACACCCAACCCUAAAAUCUCUUCCAACCAUUGAAAACUCAAUCUCCGCCCUAGACCUGUCGCCUUCCCGCCUCCGAUGCAAACAUUGUGAAAGGAAGCUCCUCAGAGGAUCACAGUCACUGAUUUGCAUAUACUGUGGGCAAUGCCAGGCCAAAGACCUUCCUCCUGAACCCAUCAUCUUCAAUUCCAUCUCUGGUUACCGUUGGCUACUUCAAUCGUUGAAUUUAAAUGCCUCGGGCGUUUUGAUUCAUUAUCUAGUGUGUUGUGAUGAUAUUACCACUGAAAAUUCAUGUUAUUAUCAGGAAAUGAUUGAGCCUUUGGUGGAAGAAAAGAGAAGAGACACAGUUGGGACUCCAGUUGAAGGUGUAAAAGCUUUGUCUGAGUUCUUAGAUGUGCAGAUUAGAUGGCCAGAUAAGCUUGAGAUACCUGUGACCAGUUAUGUCAACAAGAUGCUUGAUCAUAGCAGUUCUUUAAAUGAUACCACAGUUGGCUGGGAUAACUUUGAACAAAGAGAUAGUGGCUCUGAUGAUGCAUCUGAAGAACUUGCAGUUAGUAGUAAAGAUGAUCAAAGUGAUGGAUUUGGAGAUCAAGAUAAUCUUAGUCUCUUCCAGACUGAUGAUCCUAAAACUGCUGAUAUGUCAUCUGAUUUGAGUGGUGAUCGUGAUGCAGAAAUUGAGGAUUCUAAAGCUAAUGCAUCCGUGUCCUUUGAUUUAAGCAGGAGUUCUUCAUUUGGAGAUGACACAGAAGUUCAAUCUGUGAGUUUUAAGGAACAAAAUGAGGAUUCUGAAACUACUGUUGCCAUGUCUUCUGAUCUUAGAAGGAAUUCUUCUUCUGAAAAUGAGGAAGAGAUUCGAUCUGUGAAUUCUAAAGCACAAAUUGAGGAUUCCAAAGCUAAUGCAUCUGUAUCCUUUGAUUUAAGCAGGAAUUCUUCGUUUGGAGAUGAAACAGAAAAUCCAUCUGUGAAUUUUAGGGAACAGAAUGAGGAAUUUGAAACUACUGCUGACAUGUCAUCUGAACUUAGAAGAAAUUCUUCUUCUGAAAAUGAGGAAGAGAUUGAGUCUGUGAAUUCUAGACCACAAAUUGAGGAUUCCAAAGCUAAUGCAUCUGUGCACUUUGAUUUAAGUAGGAAUUCUUCUUUUGGAGAUGACACAGAAAUUCAAUCUGUGAAUCCUAGGAAUGAGAAUGAUGAUUCUAAAACUACUGAUACCAUGUCAUCUGAUAUGAGGAGGGAUUCUUCAUCUGAAAAUGAGGAAGAGAUUCAGUCUGUGAGUUCCAGAGGACAGAAUGAGGAUUCUAAAACUGCAUCUGUAUCCUUUGAUUUAAGUGGGAAUGAUUCAUCUGAACAUGAUGCAGAAAUUCAACCUGUGAUUUUGAGGGAACAAAAUGAGGAUUCUAAAGCUAAUUCUGCUGAUUUGAGCAGGGAUUCAUCGUCUGAAGAUGACACAAAAAUCCAAUCUAUGAAUUCUAGGAGACAGAAUGAGGAUUCUACAACUGCUGACAUGUCUUUAAAUUUGAAAGACCAUGAUUCAUCUGGAGAUGAAACAGCUGUGAGUUCUAGGGCACAAAAUGAGGAAUUUGAAGCUACUGCUAACCUGUCAUCUGAUUUGAGGAAGGAUUCUUCUUCUGGAGAUGAUACAGAAAUUCAAUCUGUGACUUCAAGGGAACAAAAUGAGGAUCUUAAAGCUACUGCUGCCAUGGCAUCUGAUUUGAACAGGGGUUCUUCAUCUGGUGAUGACACAGAAAUUCAAUCGAUGAAUUCUAGGGCACAAAAAGAGGAUUUUGAAGCUACUUCUAACCUGUCCUCUGAUUUGAGGAGGGAUUCUUCAUCUGGAGAUGAUGCAGAAAUUCAAUCUGUGAAUUCUAAGAGACAUGAUGAGGAUUCUAAUACUGCUACUAUAUCCUCUAAUUCAAGUGACCAUGGCUCAUUUGGAAAUGAUGCAGAAAUUCAUACUAUGAAUUCAAAGGCACAAAAUGAGGAUCUUAAAGCUACUGCUGCCAUGGCAUCUGAAUUGAACAGGGAUUCUUCAUCUGGGGAUGACACAGACAUUCAAUCGAUGAAUUCUAGGAGACAAAAUGAGGAUUCUAAAACUGCUUCUGUAUCCUUUGAUUUGAGAAGUGAUGAUUCAUCUGAACAUGAUGCAGAGAUUCAGCAUGUGAAUUCGAGGGCACAAAAUGAGGAUUCUAAAGCUACUUCUGCUAACUUUAGCAGGGAUUCUUCAUCUGAAGAUGACAAAGAGAUUCAAUCUGUGAAUCAUGAUCCAGAACUCCAGAAUGUGAAUUCUAGGGCACAAAACGAGGAUGAUUCUAAAGCUACACCUGCCAUGUCAUCUGAUUUGAACAGGGAUUCUUCUUCAUCUGGAGAUGAAAGAGAAAUUCAAUCUGUGAAUUCUAGGAGACAGAAUGAUGGUUCUAAAACUGCUACUAUAUCUUCCAAUUUGAAUGAUGAUGAUUCAUCUGAACACCAUUCAGAAACUCAGCCUGUGAAUUCUAGGGCACAAAAUGAGGAUGAUUCUAAAGCAUCUGAUUUGAGAAUGAAUUCUUCUUCAUCUGGAGAUGACACAGAAAUUCAGUCUGUGAAUUCAAGGAGACAGAAUAAGAGUUCUAAAACUGCUUCCAUUUCCUCUAAUUCAAGUGAUGAUGAUUCAAAAUUUGAGCCUGUGAAUUCGAGGGCACAAGAUGAGGAUUCUAAAACUGCUACUACCAUAUCCUCUAAUUUGAGCGAACACAAUUCAUUUAGAAAUGAUGCAGAAAUUCAUCCUGUGAAUUCGAGUCCACAAAAUGAGGAUUCUAAAGCUACUGAUUCUUCUUCUGGAGACGAAAAUGAGGAUUCUACAACUUCUGCCAUACCCUCUAAUUUGAGCAAUGAUGCAGAAAUUCAUCCUGCUGCUGAUUUAAACAGGAAUUCUUCAUCUGGAGAUGAAAAUCAUAGCACACAUGACAAGGAUUCUAGAGAUGAUGCAGAAAUUGAGUCUAUGAAUUCCAGUAGAAGAAUGUAUGCUAAGACUACUACCAAAUCCCCUGAUUCUUCUUCUACUACAACUCCUGCUACUAAUAAUAAUACUUCAUUUGGACAUGAUGAUGAUUUGAGUCGUGGUGAUGGUGAUGCUUCAUCUGGAGAUGAUAUAGAUUUCCAGUCUGGACAUUCCGGAUGGAAUGAUGAUUCCAAAGCUUCUACUGUCAAAUCCUCUGAUUUUAGGAGCGAUUAUUCUUCAUCUGGAGAUGAUGUGGAAAUCCAAUCUGGUAUGCAAAAUCAGGAUUUCAAAUCUCAAGAUUUAAACACCCAAAAUCUUAACAACACUUUACACUCUCAUCCUUCCAUCAAUCAUGAUGACAACAUUCAAGAAAACCCGGCUCCCAUUCACAAAGAUUAA